GCUCUUCUCCGGAAAUCACUCAUCUCGAUGCUGUAAAUGACCCAUAUGGAGAGUAGCAUCAUCCGACUCCCGAUGGUGGUAGAUCUGUAUGACGCCAUGUCCAAGGUAUGUCUUCCCAGCAUUGGUAUUUAAAUGCGGGUGAAGCUUGUACGCUUCGGAACGGCCGAACGGGAGAAGAAACAAGGCCAGACGACAGCAGGGCUCCUGACAGUAGUGGAGGAAGUUCAGGUGGCAGCCAAGAGAGAUUUUUCCCAUACUUCGGCCCCUCUAUAUAUCUUGCUCCGGUCAAUACCCAUCUUAAUGUAGGAAGCUAAGCAGCCCUCCACACCAAAACACCACGCUCGUUACCUAAGACUCUGAUCCAUCUGUCAACCACCAACGACCAACGAGACAGCAAGUAAACAGACACAAUGCAGCUGCCAACGUUGGCUGUUGCUUUGCUUGUAGCGAGCACGUCUGUUAUAGCUGCACCAGCUCAUAGGCAAUCCCAAGAUAACAAGCAGGUCAUUCCGCAGUUGUCUACUCAGGGGCAAAUACAAAGUGGAAAUCAUUUCUCUAACGGGCUCCGUGGGUUCGUCAAACGAUGGAGUCUGUUCAAUAACGAAGAGGAGCCCAUCAAACAUCGGAAGUUUACCUAUCCCAUCAACCGUACACCAGCCGACGUCCGCGCCGACACUGAUUCAGCGGCGGGCCCUCCGGCGACGGCUGCUCCCGCUCCUCCGGCGUCAGCUCCUCCGGCGUCAGCUCCUCCAGCAUCGGCUCCUCCAGCGUCUGCUCCUCCUGCAUCGGCUCCUCCUGCGUCAGCAUCCCCAGUAUCGGCACCACCAGCUCCUCCGGGUACCGAACCCCCAGUAUCGCCUCCGGUGCCAACCUCCACUGGUCCCAUCGUCACGGGAACCGGCGGUCCUCUCGGAGGAGGCAACUCCUCUGCCGCAGGUGUUUUUCCCAACGCCACAAGCAUUGCUCCCCUGCCGGCACCGUCCAAUGCAACUCUCACAGCCCCAUUAGUCACCUCAGCAGCGCCCUCUAUUCCGCCGGUAGUUCCCUCAGCAACACCAGCAGCCCCUCCGGUCUCCUCAAGCAGCGCCGUUGUCGUGGUCCCCUCAAUCACAUCCCCAAUCCCGGGUAUCAGCUCCGCCAGCGCCGUCGUCAUACCACCCUCAGCAACAAGCAACUCCGCCGCCGGCCCAGUCGUCGUCCCUCCCGGUGCAGGCGGUGUAGCCUCCCCAACCACCACCCAAACGGUCCUCAUCACCGCCGAUGCCCCCGCCGCCAAUGGAGCCCCCGGCGUCAUCGUCGUGAGCAUCACCCAAGCAGCCGGCGACCCCGUCUCCUUCCCCGCUCCCACAACCGCAGCCGCCACUAACAUCAUCACCAACGCCAAUUCCAAAUCCUUCGCCAGUACCACCACCGUCAUUAUCAACGCUUUGGUCUCCCAACCAGCUGGCUUCUCCGCUUUUUCCGGCAUCUCGGGGUUUCCCGAUAACUCCGCUACCGCCAUCGCUCCCUCCGUCGCAGCGGCUCCAACGGUGAUAGUUAUCGACAUCGUUCCCGCCCCUUCCUCCGCUGCCCAAGCAGCUGCCAGUAAUGGCUCUAACGGCUCGGCCAACUCAAUCGCCGGCGGCGGCUCCCUAGCCCCUAUCAUCGUCACAACAGUGACUGCCCCCGUCAUCUUUCCCACUGCUCAAUCUACUCCGGUCAUUGUCACUGUCGCCAACUCUAAUGCAGCCAACUUGCCGGCUCAGACGGCAGCAGCUAGCACUGUUACCAUUACCCUUGGCGGCGGCGGUAACGGGGGCGGCUCGGGUUCAGGAGCAACGACCGUUGCUCAAGCGCCUCAAGCUCCGGCUCCAAGCAUUGUUUUUGUCACGGUAACUGCUAGCCCAGUCACUGCCAAUGCUCCUUUGGGUACCAGUGCCGGAGGUGCUGGAGGUGCGGGUUCUUCGUGGAGUUGGACAACCACCUUCCCGGGCUUUACUUGGUCUUGGACUUCUUCCGGCUUUACUUCCGGCGGCUUUGCUGCACCGAGUGCUUCUGUUUCGGCCCCCGCCGCGGCCGGUGGUGGUGGUGGUAGUGGUAGUGGUGAUUCCGGUAAGGGUGACAGAACAGUAAGUCUCCAUGAAACAAUCACUUACACUACCACGGAGGGUUCGCCGUUCCCGUCGGCGACGGAGAUAUUCACGGCUGUGGCUACGAGUCUUGUGGCGGUGCCGAGUGGGAAUCCGGAUAAUGAGAAGGGGGGUUUGUGAGUUGGGUAGUUUGGUAGUUCAGUAUAGGUUUCUUUCAUGUCUUUCUGUUCUGAUCACACUCCUUAGGUUUUACCCUUUUUUAUUUCGCCGUCUUAUCCUGUUUAGGGGAGUUCUUUGUUCACAAUUUCCCCGUAGUAAUGCUUGGAAACAUGAAGGGCACAAGAUAGAAUGAUAGUACCGAUGGGUUUUCGUGCAGUGGCAGGCUGUGAUGUUUCUACCUACCUAGGUAUUCUUUCUAGGACCUUUCUUACUUUAUCUACUCUAGAUACCUGGCAGCAAUAGUGCAGAACAACGGACAUUUCAUUGCUCCUUCAGUUUAGUU